AUGGCGAGAAGGCGACUUUGGGGUGAGACCGGAUCAUGGAUUGAGAGCGUUCUAGAGGUCAAUAUCGCAAAUAAUGCCGAAGCCUAUGCUCAGGGCAAACACCCAGGCUACGAGGAAACUGCCUGGGAAGGCAUCCGACAAGCGAUUGAUGUGAUUGCAGAGAAGAAGAUCAAGGUGGCCAUCAAUGGCGGCGCCCUGAACCCUCAAGGGCUUGCCAGGAAAGUAGCUGAGCUGAUCAACAGUAAAGGCUACGGCAUGCGUGUAGCCUACGUCGCUGGAGAUGACAUCCUACCUCAGCUUGGGCGUGAUACAAUGCCGCAGGGGCCUGGCGACUCUCUCCCUCACCUCGAUGCGGCGAAUCCGCAUGUCAAUCUUCUCCCUGAAGCAAUGCAAUUCUCGAAGAAUGAUCGAGAGCCCCGUAAGAUUGUGUCAGCAAAUGCUUAUCUCGGUGCGCAUGCUAUAUACGAAGCUCUCCAAAAUGGAGCCGACAUCAUCAUAUGCGGCCGGGUCUCGGACGCAAGUCCAGUCAUUGCGUGCGCGUGGUAUUGGUGGUCUUGGACCAACACCGACUAUGACCAACUUGCCGGGGCUCUGAUCGCCGGCCACAUGAUCGAGUGCUCGGCAUACGUGACCGGUGGGAACUUUGCUGGCUUCGAAGCGUACAACCUCGCUGCCUUCAUAGAGCCCGGGUUUCCCAUCGCCGAGGUUGCACACGAUGGCAGUUGCGUGAUCACGAAGCAUGCUGGCACCGGUGGCAUGGUCAAUGUCGACACGUGCAGGAGUCAACUUCUUUAUGAGCUCCAGGGAAAUGUGUAUCUCAACAGCGACGUGAAGGCCUACCUUGACCAGGUAGUCAUGGAGCAAGUUGGAGCUGAUAGGGUUCAUGUUUCGGGCAUCCGAGGUGCCCCUCCUCCCGACACUACAAAAUUGGCGAUUUUCUACAAAGGAGGAUACGAAAUGCAGUUCCUGGUAAAUGCCACCGGCUAUGCUGUUGACGAGAAGUUCAAGUUGUUCGAAAAGCAAAUCAGGAGCAGGAUAGGCAACGAGGGACAGGCAGGGUUUGAUGCACUUCACUUCCAACGCAGCACGGUUUACUUCCGAAUUUUCGCGCAAGCGACAGGUCUUCGAACGCUGGCGCAGGUCGGUCAAGCUUUCAAGGACAUAUCGCUGAGGCACUUCUCUGGCUUCCACAGUUCUCUGGAUUUCCGCACCGCAGUGCCGCGCCCGUACGUGGCGUACUGGCCGUCCCUGUGGCGCCAGGCCGAUCUCGAAGAGCGGGUGUGUUUUAUGAAGGUCAACGGUGAUGUCGAGGCCGAGCUCAAUGUGGCAAGACCUCCCAAGUACGAGCUGCUCGAGGAUCGUGACUCCUAUGAUACGCCCUCGCCUUCGAUCUCGGCCUUGCGAGGAGAUCUGCGCAAGGUUCGCCUUGGAGACGUGGCACUCGGCCGGUCGGGUGACAAAGGAUCCAACCUGAACUUUGGCCUCUUUGUACAUCGGCACGAUGAAUGGGAGUGGUUGCGCACCUAUAUGUCCAUCGACAGGGUGAAGACGCUUCUUGGCGAUGAGCUCAGAGCCGACUUUGCCGUGGAGAGGGUCGAGUUUCCUGGCAUCUUCGCCGUGCACUUUGUGGUGUACGGCAUUCUUGGCAGGGGUGUGAGCAGCUCCCAUCGGUUGGAUGGCUUCGGCAAGGGGUUCAUCGAUUAUUUCAGGGACAAGGUUGUGGAGGUUCCCGCAAGUUUGCUGAGCAACAAGAGUAGGAUAUAA